CUUCGGCUGUUAGCCGUUAGCAGCCGCUGUUAGCUCGGCUCAGCGCUGCUGUGAUGCAGCAGAUAACCAGGCUAACUCUGACCCAAAAAGGUCUGCUUUCAUAAGGUGGAAAACUUUGGACCGGUCUGCAUGCUGGUCGGAUGGCUCCAGAGUGAGCAGCCAUGGCGCUGAUGAUACCCCCGGUGAAACUCAAAUGGCUGGAGCACCUGAACAGCUCGUGGAUCACGGAGGACAGCGAGUCCAUCGCCACGCGGGACGGCGUGUCGGCGCUCUACGCCAAGCUGCUGGCCAACAAGGAGGCGGUGCUGCUGCCGCAGCAGGUGCUGUGCCUCAAGGGCCCGCAGCUGCCGGACUUCGAGCGCGAGUCGCUGUCCAGCGAUGAGCAGGAGCAUUACCUGGACGCGCUGCUGGGCAGCCAGCUGGCCCUGGCCAAGAUGGUGUGCUCCGACUCGCCCUUCGCCGCCGCGCUGCGGAAGCGUGUCCUGGUGCUGCAGCGCGUCUUCUACGCGCUCUCCAACAAAUACCACGACAAGGGUAAGGUGAAGCAGCAGCAGCACUCCCCGGAGAGCAGCGCCGGCGCCUCCGACCCACACGCCAUCAGCGAGCGGCCGCGCUCCAGCACCGACGCCCUCAUCGAGAUGGGCGUCCGCACCGGCCUCAGCCUGCUGUUCGCUCUGCUGCGCCAGAGCUGGAUGAUGCCGCCGCCGCCCGGCCCCGGCGGAGCAGCCGGGCUGCGGCAUCAAUUAUGCAACGACGUGAUCCACACGGCCAUCGACGUGGUGAGCUCGCUGCCACCGCUGUCCCUGGCCAACGAGAGCAAGAUCCCGCCGAUGGGCCUGGACUGCCUGGCCCAGGUCACGACCUUCCUGAAGGGCGUCACCAUGCCCAACUCCGGGGCGGACAUCUUGGGCCGGCGGCUGGCCUCGGAGCUGCUGCUGGGGCUGGCGUCCCAGAGGGGCUCGCUGCGCUACCUGCUGGAGUGGAUUGAGAUGGCGCUGGCAGCGUCGGCCGUGGUCAGCGCCAUGGAGAAGAACGCGGCGCCGCACUGCCAGGAGGGGCUGAUGGGAUACGACUGCUUCAUGAACAUCCUGAUGCAGAUGAGGCGCUCCUUGGGCUCCACAGCAGACCGCAGCCAGUGGAGGGAGCCCAGUAGGACCCCGGACGGCCUCUGCUCGCUGUACGAGGCGGCGCUCUGCCUGUUCGAGGAGGUGUGCCGCAUGGCGUCGGACUACUCCCGCACCUGCGUCAGCCCCGACAGCAUCCAGACGGGCGAGGCGCCGGUCGUCUCGGAGACCUGCGAGGUUUACGUGUGGGGCAGCAACAGCAGCCACCAGCUGGUGGAGGGAACCCAGGAGAAGAUCCUGCAGCCCAAACUGGCCGCCAGCUUCGCCGACGCCCAGACGAUCGAGGCGGGUCAGUACUGCACCUUCGUGAUUUCGUCCGACGGCUCGGUCCGGGCCUGCGGGAAAGGCAGCUAUGGCCGUCUGGGCCUGGGGGACUCCAACAACCAAUCCACGCUCAAGAAGCUGACCUUUGAACCCCACCGAGCCAUCAAAAAGGUGUCGUCGUCGAAGGGCUCGGACGGCCACACGCUGGCCUUCACCACGGAGGGCGAGGUCUUCAGCUGGGGCGACGGCGACUACGGCAAGCUGGGACAUGGCAACAGCUCCACCCAGAAAUACCCCAAACUUAUCCAGGGGCCGCUGCAGGGGAAGGUGGUCGUGUGUGUGUCUGCCGGCUACAGACACAGCGCUGCCGUCAGUGAGGACGGAGAGCUCUACACCUGGGGGGAAGGGGAUUUUGGGAGAUUAGGACACGGGGACAGCAACAGCCGCAACAUUCCCACUCUGGUGAAAGACAUCAGCAACGUUGGCGAGGUUUCCUGCGGGAGCUCCCACACCAUCGCCCUGUCCAAAGAUGGCCGCACCGUCUGGUCCUUCGGAGGAGGAGACAACGGAAAACUGGGGCACGGCGACACCAACAGAGUCUACAAGCCCAAAGUGGUGGAGGCGCUGCAGGGCAUGUUCAUCAGGAAAGUGUGUGCAGGCAGCCAGUCGUCUCUGGCUCUGACCUCCACUGGACAGGUGUUCGCCUGGGGCUGCGGCGCCUGCCUGGGCUGCGGCUCCUCCGAGGCCACGGCGCUGCGGCCCAAACUGAUCGAGGAGCUGGCAACCACCAGGGUGGUGGACGUCUCCAUCGGGGACAGCCACUGCCUGGCCCUGUCCCACGACAACGAGGUGUACGCCUGGGGCAACAACUCCAUGGGACAAUGCGGCCAGGGCAACUCCACCGGCCCCAUCACCAAACCCAAGAAGGUAGUCGGUCUGGACGGAGUCGCCAUCCAGCAGAUCUCAGCCGGGACGUCCCACAGCCUGGCCUGGACCGCCCUGCCCAGAGACAGGCAGGUGGUGGCCUGGCACCGGCCGUACUGCGUCGACCUGGAGGAAAGCACCUUCUCCCACCUGCGCUCCUUCCUGGAGCGCUACUGCGACGGCAUCAACAGCGACGUUCCUCCGCUGCCCUUCCCCUCGUCCAGGGAACACCAUAACUUCCUGAAGCUGUGCCUUCGCCUCUUAUCCAAUCACCUGGCUCUGGCCCUGGCUGGGGGCGUGGCCACCAGUAUUCUGGGUCGGCAGGCCAGGCCGCUCAGGAACCUGCUGUUCAGGUUGAUGGACGCCUCGGUGCCGGACGAGAUCCAGGAGGCGGUGAUCGAGACUCUGUCGGUGGGCGCCACCAUGCUGCUGCCUCCUCUGAGGGAGAGGAUGGAGCUGCUCCACUCCCUGCUGCCUCAGGGACCUGACAGAUGGGAGAGUCUCUCCAAAGGACAGAGGAUGCAGCUGGACAUCAUCCUGACCAGCCUGCAGGAUCAUACCCACGUGGCCUCGCUGCUGGGCUACAGCGCUCCGGCCGACGGCCCCGACGCUCCGGCCCCCUGGCCCCGCCUUCGCUCCGGACCCCGGCUACGGAGGCGGCGGCUCCCACCCUGACACUCACUUAGCUGAGAUCCUGAUGAAGACGCUGCUCAGGAACCUGGGCUUUUACACGGACCAAGCGCUGGGCGAACUGGAGAAGAACAGCGACAAGCUGCAGCAGCGUGCCUCGUCGUCGGACAGCAGCCAGCCGGCUCACCUGCACCAGCUGCUGUGCUCCCUGCAGAAGCAGUUGCUGGCCUACUGCCACAUCAACGCCG